GCGCAUAGUAAGCAUGGCGGCACGGCCCCGAAAAGAAACGGCCAAGAAACGGUGGGAAACUGUACCGUUCGACGGCAUUCGACAGCACGCAAAUAAACCUGGCAGCCGCAGGGUGUUGCUGUGUGUGUGUGCGUAGAAGACGGACCGAAAACCUUCGUCCAGCUCCCUGCAGAGCGCUCAAUCUCAGCGGCCCUCUCUCAGCUACGCUGCGUGGCGGUGAGUAUUUUUAGUCGGGUCGGGUACCGUGCCGUGCGCUGCGUCAACUCCCACCAGCGCGAGGUUCGCUGCUUGCUCAUCUGUUGCUGCGCGUACUGAGGGGCCAUCGGGAAGAAUUGGGUGUCUUUGUUUGCCUGCCCCAGGCCUUUGCUAUACAUUGCAAUUUGUUUCAUUAACUCCGUCUGACCGCAGUGUGUUUAAUGAUCGCGCGUGUGUGUUACUGAUCGCAGUAGAGGACCUAAACAUUCCUGAAGUCUUCUUGUUGCUGGUGCCGCGCAAGUGCUGCUUCUCCACGCGCAGCAAACGUGCCCGCAAAGUGUCGUCAUCAUCGCCGCCUGUGUGAUCAUCUCCGUUGCCGUUCCGUCCCGAUGCGUAAUGUCAUCCGGGGAGUUAGUUAUCUCCGUCCGUAAACGAGCAUACCGAGCGUGAGUGAGUAAUGCGUGCUGGCAAUGGGUCCGUAGUUUUAUCGAACCUCACCGAUUGAUUGGUGCCCCUGCGGUGACCCCUUCCAUCUUCCGGCCGCGCUUUCUCCCGUCCCCGACCCCGUUUAUCUUGAAACCGUUAAGCCAUCCUUAUCCCCCUCCCCCGGGCAUAGAUAAAUGCCGAAAGUCCGCCGAGCUGCCACCCGAAGCGUUAUCACUUCACGGUAUCGAGCGCAAUUUUCGGCGGGCAACGGUGUAGUGCAUUGGUUCCACCGUCCGGACCCACAAUCACGCACCUGAACGUUUACGGGCGAAAGUUCAAGCUUGCGGGCAGCGCCAAGGCACCGAAAAUGCCCAAAGAAAAGACGUCGAAGCAUGUGAAGUGCGACAUACUGUUUGAUGACAACUCGAGCGGCAUAUUUACGGCCGGCGAUCGUGUCACGGGCGUGAUCGAGCUGCACCUCACCAAGAUCAAGAAAGUGCGAGGUGUCUGUCUGCUUAUCUCCGGCUAUUCGGCCGUGCUCUGGGAGGCCAAGGUACCGGAUGGGCCGAAAAACAAGAAAGUGAAGGCACAGUUUAAGGGCCGGGAGGACUUCAUCAAGCAGAAGCAGUAUCUGGCCGGGUCGGAGAAUGGGGCCGGCAUGCAGCUGCCGCCGAACCUCGUCCGGUACAAGUUCGACUUCAGCAUCCCGCCCGAGGCGCCCACCUCGAUGGAGGGCAAGUACGGACACGUGCGCUAUCUGCUGCAGGUGACGCUCGAGCGGCCCUGGAAGUUUGACCACAACUUCCAGCAACCGUUCACCGUCGUCUGUCGGGCGGAUCUGAACCAAAGCAACGAGGUGCUGUGCAUACCGACGCGGGCAGAGAACAUGAUGACGUUCUACUGUGGGCUGUGCCGGUCCCGGCCCCUGAUGGUGUCGGCCACCACGCCCAAGUCCGGCUAUGCGCCGGGCGAGACGAUCGAGCUGGAGGUGUUCGUGCAGAACUCGAGCAAGGUGACGGUGAGCGUGAUCGAGAUCAGGUGGCAGAAGAUACUGAAGUUUACGAGCCAGACGCGCGUCAUCGGCCAGACGCAGAUACCGAAGGAGGAGUCGAACGUCCAGUACGAGGUGCUCGAGGUCCGCAAGAUACCGUCGAUCGAGGGCGAGAACGAUGCCCGGUUUGUGGAGUCGUUCGUCGUCGGUCCCGUCCCAUCGACGGAAACCACGCACAGCCGGAUCGUGGCGGUAGAGUACGAGCUGGCACUGGUCGUGAAACCGCAGGCCUCUACCAAGCGCAUGAAGCUGAACAUCCCGAUCACGAUCGGGCAGAUUCCGCUGGCGGGAUCCGCCAUGCCGUACGCGAUGUCCGGCGGGCUGCAGAAGCUAAAUGACACACUGAACGAGCACAGCAGUGCCCCGCCGGCAUAUGAAGCUUAGGGCGAUGUGAGAGGACAGUUGCAGAGGGCUGGCGAAAAAGUGAAAGGACAUUUGCGGAGGGUCACCCCUGGCGGCAACCUUGUGAUAGUGAUUUAGGGAACGAAAAAAGAGCAGCAAUCGAACGGGCAACAUGUGACGUACUAGUGAUUAUAUCCUACCUAUUUAAGCAGCAGUGAGCAUUUUAUGAAAACUUCUUCAAUAAAUACACGAAAACUGAUUUUAUUUACAUGAAACAAGUACCAAAAUAAAUCGCAUUGCUUUACUUUUA